AUGGGUUCUGCACAGAGCUAUAUCUCGGGUGUAGCGGUGGCCGCGUUUGUUGCUGCAGGUGUUGCAGUCGCGGCGUACGGGUACACGUCUCACUCCCCGCAGUCACCUUCUGCGGGCGCCAUUGCAGAGCCUGCGCCGCCCACCGCAUCCAGCAAGAAGAAGAGCAAGAAGAAGCAGACCGGUGCGCAGGCAGAGAAACCAGUCGAGACAGCCGCUGCGAGUCCUAGCGUCGUCCCAUUCCCUCCUGUCGUGCCAGGCGACUUCGACGCGUCGUCUGAGCAAAAGACCGCUGACCCUGUGGUGUCCACCAAGCCGACUAAGAAGAAGAAGAAAGCUAAAAAGGCGACACCCUCAACUGGCAGCGGAUCGCGCGCGGUGUCCGUCGACACCCUCUCCGAGUCGUCCGCCACUGCGCCCGAGUCGUAUACCCCGGCCCCUGCUCGGCCAACCACGUCGAAGCGAAAAAGCUCUACACCAAAACCACCUGUCGUCGACACGGAUGGGUCGUGGACGCGAGUCGAGCCACACUCGUCGCGUCAACAUCCGUCAGUAGAGUCUGCAACGGGCGACGCUGGCGUCACGACCACCUCGGUGACGGGCAAUUCAUCCCCCGUUGCAGAGCGCACAGACGAUGACCUGUCCAGUCCAGUAGUCGCAUCCUCUGGGAACAGACGUACGCUUGCAGAGAGACUGCUUCCUAAACCGCGUAAAACGGGUGUGGACGACAUGCUUGAGACACCUGACUACCCAACCUUGUCGCGGGUCAUGCGGAUCCAGCCGGGACCCAACGACAAGCCGGCCGCUGGGUUCUCCUGGGGAGAUUACGAGGACGUGGACGAGUCAAGAGGCACCGCCGAUGACGCAGAUGGAGAAGACGACGGUGGCUGGGGCGUCGUGAAGGGACGAAGCCGCAAAACGAGCAAACCGGCGCCAACCUUGUCUGUACCAGAGACGGUAACAAAGAAGCAGCGCCAAAACGCUGCCAAGCGCGACGCGCAGAAGGCUGCCAGGGCAGAUGCGGACGCAGAGAGAGAGGCACGCCUUGCAAAGCACAAAAGAGAACUCGAGCGCGCCAGGAUCGCAGAACAGUACGGGAAAACGAGCAAGGCGAUGAGCGGGGGCAUGACGGCAUACGUCGACGAGAACGGCAAGCUGGUCUGGAAAUAA